AAGUUUCACACAUUUCGGCGCUUGACAGCAGUCGCAGCUGCCUCUGUUUACUUGCUUACUUUGCAUAGCCUGCUAGAGGAAGAAGCGUACCAGCCGAUGUUUUCUUGGCUAAUUUUCUGACAUUAUCAGUUUAUCAACCACCAGUUCGGAGAACCACUUCGAGCCCAUGAGUCGCAGUCGGAACCCCCCUCAGCGGGGUCAAGGAGCAGCCCGGGCCAAACAGAUGGGGCUGCUGUUGGACCUGGACCCUGACGGAGGGCUGGAUGGGGGUAAUGAUGAGGACCUGGAGGCGGAGCUUCUGGCUCUGGUGGGCGGAGGAGGGGCGCGGUCACCUGCGAAAAAGGCCGGAGGCAAAGCUCCCUUGCCCAUGGAGGAUAUCGAGCGCAUGGCGGCCAUGUGCAUGAAGGACCUGGACGAUAACGACGAGGAUGAUGACCUGGAGGGAGACGAAGACCUUCUGGCGGAGCUGAAUGAGGUGUUGGAUGAAGAUGAGGAAGAGCAGUGCAAGCCGGCGCCGCCAGUGCCCGCCUCCCGCUCCACGCCCCCCGCCUCCUCGCCACGCUCUCCGCCUGCUUCGUCUCCGAGUGCCGCGGGUGGGGUCGAAGGUCGUCUGCAGGAGCGCAUCCAGAUGUACCAGGCGGCCAUCGCCAACGCCAAGGCCACGGGGGAGUCCAGCAAGGCCCGGCGAUACGACCGCGGGCUCAAGACUCUGCAGUCAAUGUUGACCUCCGUGAAGAAAGGGAAGCCAAUCAACGAGGACGAGAUGCCGCCUCCGGUUGCCACGGGAGCAAAACCCGCCCCUGCCCCUGCCGCCGCGUCUCCGCCCGAGCCAGAGCCAAUCAGCGAGCCGGAGGAGCCUGCCCCGGCGUACACGCCCCCAGCCCCAACCAAUCGGAAGCCGCAGCCGGCGGUCGCGCCCAAACCCCAGCUCCUGGUGCCUCAGCAGAGAUCCGCUGCCGUUACCCCAGAUACGCCUGCCAUCUCGCCACUGACGCCCGGUCAGCCGCACGCACAGCACUCAGAGCUGAAGGCGCAGGUUCUGAGCAGACAGAGGGAAUACAAGCUGGCUGCCAUCCACGCCAAACAGAGCGGCAACAACGACCUCGCCAAACGCCACUAUAUGAUCGCCAAGUCACUAGACUCUGUAGUGGACGCAGUGGACCGAGGAGAGCCAGUGGACGUCAGCUCUCUGCCGCCCCCUCCUGUAGAGGAGGUUGUGCCUGCUCAGGUGAACUCCAAACCUGCCCCCGCCCCUACACCUGCCCCGCCUCCUGCUGUCGCCGUCACCCCUGCAGCCACGGCUGCUCCCCAGUCUCUGGCGGAGGCCCUGCAGCAGAGGAUGCAGAAGUACCAGGAGGCAGCAGAGGCAGCCAAGAGCAAAGGAGACGACCGCAAGGCCCGCAUGCACCAGCGCAUCGUCAAGCAAUACCAGGACGCCAUCAGGGCUCACAAGGCCAGCAGGCAGGUCAACCUGGCCGACCUCCCAGUGCCUCCAGGCUGUCCUCCUCUGCAGGGGACAGAGUCAGGUGAACAGAACUUCAUGGGUGUCCUGGAGACGGCUAUGAAACUGGCCAAUCAGGAUGCAGAAGCAGACGAUGGUGAUGAUGAUGAUGAUGAUGUGGCAAAGCCUGCCGUGCGUCCUGCUGUUCAGAAGGCCCGAGCUCCGGCUCCCCCCUCGGGUAGCUCACCUGGCGGGACGCCCUCCGCCUCCUCACCUGCCCCCAAACUGGCCGGCAAAGCCCAGCAGCAGCUGGAGUUCCUGUUGGCGCGGCGACAGCAGUUUGUGAAGGCGGCGCUGCGCUCCAAGCAGAUGAAGGACAUGCAGGGGGCCGCCCAGCACCUCAAACACGCCAAGGGACUCGACCCCAUGAUCAGCGCCGCCAAGGCAGGACUGCCUGUGGACAUCACUAAGAUCCCCAGUGCCCCGGUGAGUGAGGAUGACUACUCCCUGGGCCGUUCGCGUUCCUCCCCCCUCUCCCCACACUCCUCUGAGCAGUACUCCCAGCUCAUGGGCCUGCUCAAGCAGCAGCAUGAGAAGUGCCUGAACUACUCACAGCAGUUUACACACCUGGGCAACGUGGCCGAGACCGCCAGGUUUGAGAAGCUUGCUGAGGAGAGCAUGAGUAACAUUGAACUUCUGAAGAAGGCUCACGCAAAAGGAAAGCCAGUUCCCAGCUACCACAUGGAAGAACGCACCUUCAACACUGUCAAGAUGUAUCCUAACCUAACUGCCAAUGAGAUGCUGCUGCUCAUAGUGAAGGGGAUCAACCUGCCGGCUCCUUCAGGAGUUUCCCCCAAUGAUCUUGACGCCAGUGUACGGUUUGAGUUCCCCUUUCCCAGUUCGGAAGAGCCGCAGAAGGAUAAGACAAGUACAAUCAAGAACACCAACUGUCCAGAGUUUAAGGAGCAGUUUAAGCUCAACAUAAACCGGACCCACAGAGGUUUCAAGAGGGUGGUCCAAUCCAAAGGCAUCAAAUUCGAGAUCUUCCACAAAGGCGGU